AAAAUAUUUUAAUAUAAUUAAUGAAUUUCUUGUAGAAUCAUAAAAUCUUGUGGUUGGAUGUUAUGUGUAGCGUCAGAAGAUUAAAUACAAAUUUAGUAAUUUUAAGACAUUUUUUUCUCUGGCUACUCUGAAAUCCUAGAGUGCCCCCCCCCCCCCCACCCCUCCGAGGUGAACCUCUGGAUCCGCCACUGCUCGCGAUAGGUUAGAAUCAAACGGUACCUGGAACACUCUGCGCCAAUGAGAGACACUGAGCCAAAGAAAUGUCGAGUCUCGCGACACAGUAAGCUCAGAAUAGUUGCUUAAGGCCUGUUUAGUCGGGAUGUAUUUGUAUUAGUCAGGCGGGAUGAUAAGUGCGAAGCUUGCUGGUGCUCCCAGCGUGGUAUCGCCUCUAAGCGCAGUCUUCUCGACACGCUUAGGUAAAGACCAGAAAAACUCUCGGAUUCAUCUCGUAAUAUGCUAAAAUUCUAAUAAUUAUGCCUUUUUUUCCUUGCAUCUACUAUUGGUUGAGAAUUAUGACAAAUUUUUAGCAAAUUUGAUGGUCAGGGUUAAAGGUUAAAGUUUUCCAAGAUGGUCGUCGUGACGUCUCAAUGCAAGAUGGCGGACACUGACACCAACACCUCACCCAGAACCCAGUUCCCGGAACCUCUUUCAUAUACUACUCGUGACUGCUCAGAUAGCUGGUGAAUCGUAUUUCAUUUGAAAAUUAAAAAAAAAAAAAAAUGUUUAUAACGACUGAUGAUACGCCCACUUGCGUGCAGGUGAAUCCUACUCUUUUCAAAGCAGCAGGUAAUUGAGUCGGAGAGUCGGAACGUAAUAAUCGGGAAGAUGUAAUGUCACACGCCUGCGGGCCUGACUACAGAGGGCGUGUUUCACGGAAACCGAUCUGAAAAAAAAAAGAGAGCUUUUGUAGUUAAUUGACUGGCACAAAGGAGACAAGGAAACGCGCGUUCUGUUUUUUUUUUAAAUUUAAUUUUCUCUCUCUCUCUCUCUCUCUCUCUCUCCUUUCUCACGGCCGGAUGAACAUCCGCCCUUUGCAGGCCUCAGUCGGCGAUAUGCCCGCCGCAGCUGCGCCGGCGACCUUUCCACGUCCAGACCCACACAGGGGCGAGGGCGUGCGUGGCAGGUUACAAUCACAGUGGCUCAGGAAACAUAAAAGAUACACACUUGCCUUCUUAUUUAUUUUGACCUACCCAGUCUCGCAAAUGAAGAAUAGCGGGCCUAAGGUGUUUAUAAAAACUUUUGUAUAAAUUUCAGGUUCGCCACACACAGAAAAUAUUCCAUUUCUCUUCCAGCCACAGAGAUUUCUCUUUUAGUUUACCUUAAAAAAUGUUUGUUACUUGGGCUCCUAAAAUGUUACUUGAGGGUUUUCAACAAUAUUAUAAAAGUGCGUGAAAAAAGGGGCACGAUAUGUUAUCUUGCAAUCUAAAUUAUUAACAUCAAAGGCAAAAUUAGAUGGGAGUUAAAACACAUUGACCAGGAAAAAAAUUGCGGUUUCAUACUUCGGUAGGCUUAAAAUUCAAAUGCUUGUGCUUGAAGCAUUUGUGUGACUGACGCACUGUUCGCGUGGAGGAUUGCGAGCCAACGAGAAACCCCCAAUAGGGCCAUGAAAAUUUCGCGAAAAGAUCCCGAGAAUAGCUGGAAGUUAAAUACACUGUAGCAUCGUCUGUGUUUCGUGAUUGGGUGAGUUACUUUGAGGUGCAUGUCGAUUGUUACAACAACCAAUCACACUAAUUCAGUGUGGAAGCAAACUCGUCCUUAGUGGCUCGUGCAAACAAGGCAACGACUUCUCUCGCAGACGGCCGCCAAUCACAAGGAAGAAACCGCUGGUGUGGGUAUACCUUGUUGCAGUCUAGUAAGCGUUCGGAUUUUUUCGCGAAAAUUUCCUGCCCCUAACCCUCAACCAAGAAGGUGUCGGAUCACGGCAGGACACUGCCCAAGCCAGCAGCCACUUGCCCGAGCAUGUGGGGGCCUGUGGAGUCCAGCCCGGAGGUGUCUGGACGUUGCGACAUCAGUAGGGACCGGACAAAUUCCCGGGUUCAAUUACCUCCAGGAUGAACUCCUUAGUUCCACGUACACUCGGUCAAAUGUCACCCACUCAUUGGCUGCUGUCUUGUGAGACGUCCCAACAUACCAGUCUGUGAUUCGAUAAAGCUUUGGUUGGGUGUUUCUCAUUGGCCCAGAGUCAUCCAGGUGAGUUAUGAGCCAAUAGCAGAGGCAGCACUGAGGCAUAACUAUUUGUAUUUUAGCCUAUCGCGAAAUGAAUUCGCGCAUUUUUCCGGUCUCUAGACAUCAGUGGGGGCAGGCAUAUUUCGCGAAAAAAAAAAUCUUAACGGCCAUUAGACUUCAAAAAGGUUCACACGCACCAGUGGUUUCUUCCUUGUGAUUGGCGGCCGUCUGCGAGAGAGGCGUUGCCUUUUUUUGACUGAGCCACUCAGAGCGCGCUUGCUUCCGCACUGAAUUACUGUGAUUGGAGUUGGAGCACUCCACAUUACUUGAAAUAAACCCGCACUCUCACGAAACACAGACGAUGCUACAGUGUUUUUACUUUCAGCUAGUCUGGGAUAUUUUCGCGAAGUAUAUCAGCAUUCACUUCCCAAUAACGGGGCAUAGAAAAAUAACAUUUAAGCGAUACAUGUCAGUUUCUCUUCUGCUGUUGAUCCAGGCUUGUUUCGUAGCCAAUGCGGGCUUACUGCGUUCAGCAUAUCCACACUUCUGUCGCCACCUGGCUCCACAAGUCCAUAUGCCACGUCACACUUUCUCUCUCUGGGCUCGCGCCGUCGAUGUUUGUUUGGCGUUACAUUACAAGAACAUCACACUGUAAUUGGCCGCCCACAUGUGAGAACGUGUCAGCUGGUGGCCUCUGCUUUUUCAUGGCAUUGGUUGAGGGUUUCUGAUUGGCCCAGAGACCUCGAGACUGUCCGCCAGUUGCAGAAGCUGCACAAAGUGAUGUGUGUUUGGCUAUCGUGAAAUAAAUCCGCGAAUUUACACGGUCUCUAUUAUUGCCAUCUAGAGCGUGAGUGACAACCAGUGACACAAUGACAACCAUUUUUCAUCCAGAUUUUUGCGAAAUAAUUACGCCAAUUUUUCAUGUUUCUAGUAUUUAUUAGGGCCACGUACUAUUUACGAAAAGAUUUCCAGACCAGCAGCGUGUCGAAAGUUUAUAGCAUAGCUUUGUCUGUGUUUCGUGGUUGGCUGGGUUUAUUCCAGGCGCACGUCUACCGUCAGCACACCAAUCACAGCCAGCCAGCGCGGAAGCAACCUGUCCCGAGUGGCCCGGUCAAACAGGGCAAUGGCUUCUCUCGCAGAUGGCAGCCAAUCACAAGGGAACUACCGCUAGCACGGGCAGACCUUAUUGCAGUCCAAGGAGCGAGGCCACCAGGAUGCGGUUCAGCGUGGCGCCCUGCCCGGGGGACAGCGGCUUCAGCCAGUGGCAGCACGCCAUGAAGAUGGUGGCCCGUCUGCCGGGGGGCAUACCGCCCGAGUUCCGCCGCAGGCUGUGGCUGACGCUGGCGGAGAGACAUCUGCAGGAGCGCGGCGUGGACUGGGACAAGAUGCAGCGCUGCUGCUUCAACGAGUGGACGAACCCGGACGACGACGAGCUGGGGGUGCAGAUAGUCAAGGACCUGCACCGCACCGGCUGCUCGCUGUUCUGCGGGGCGCAGGCCGAGGAGAACCAGGCGCUGCUCAAGAGGGUGCUGCUGGCCUACGCGCGCUGGAACAAGGCGGUGGGCUACUGCCAGGGCUUCAACAUGCUGGCGGCGCUCAUCCUGCAGGUCAUGGACCGCUGCGAGGGCGAUGCGCUCAAGGUGAUGAUACACCUGAUCGAGGGCGUGCUGCCGGAGAGCUACUUCGCCAACAACCUGCGCGGGCUGUCCGUGGACAUGGCGGUGUUCCGCGACCUGCUGCGGCUGCGGCUGCCCGCGCUGUCGCGCCAUCUGGAGCAGCUGCAGCUGGCGGCCGGCGACUCCGGCACGGGCACUAGCUACGAGCCGCCGCUCACCAACGUGUUCACCAUGCAGUGGUUCCUGACGCUGUUCUCCAACUGCCUGCCGCAGGCCACCGUGCUGCGCGUGUGGGACCUGGUGUUCCUGGAGGGCAACGAGGUGCUGCUGCGCACGGCGCUGGCCAUCUGGGACGGCCUGGCAGACCGCAUCAUGGCGGUGGAGAGCGCCGACGAGUUCUACAGCAUCAUGGGCGUGCUCACGAGGGAGAUGCUGGAGUUCGGCCUCGUUGACUCCAACCACCUCGUCAAGACGAUAGUGCGCGUCGCGCCGUUCCCCUUCGCCGAGGUGGGCGAGCUGCGCGACAGGUACCUGUACAACAUCACGCCGUGGACGCAGACCGUGUCGACGGCCGCGCGCCGGGGGCUGCGCCUCUUCUACAGCGACGACGACGAGGAGUCCAGCGAGGACGAGGAGAAGAUGGCCGUGGCCGCCGCCUACGGCAUCGCCGCUGUCUUCCGCUCGCCGCGCCGCAGAGACUCGCAGCGGGCGCCCUCGCCCGGCAGCCUGCUGGCCGCGCCGGACCAUGACCGCCUCGCCCUGGACGUGUCCGCGCUCAAGCAGCAGUACGCCAAGCUGCGGGAGCGACAGCGCCAGGCGCACAUCAUCCUCACAGCAGCCUGCUCGCGCCAGACCCUGGGACCGUCCAUGCCGACACCCGUCGCCAUGAACCACCUGCUGCUGGGCAAGAGCGCACUGCUGGGCGUGCGAGGCCGCCGCCUGGGGCCUCCUCCCGGGGCUGUGCCCCCGCUCCGGUCUGCCCCGCCAGUGUCCGCAGGCCGGGUCGCCAGGACGCCCCAUGCCGAGCGCCGGCCACACCCGGGGGAGACGCUGCACUGGAAGGACGCGGCCCGACGGCGCCAGGGCAAGGCGACUGACGGCACCGACUUCCCGGCACCAGGCCCCGGGGACACGAAGGAGAGAGAGGCGCCCGAGCAGGACGGCAGCGAUGACGACACCGCCGGCAGCAGCAGCAGCAGCAGCACUUCGACGGAGCUCUGCGACGAGCCGGAUCGCCUCAGCGACUUCGACUCCGAGGAGCCCACCAGCGUCAGCGACGCUUCCUCCUAUGCUCCGCCCUCAGACAACUUGCUGAAGAUUCCACCCCCUUCCACUGACGUCUCGUCAUCUCCUUCCCCGGAACUGUGUCCGCCAAAAAGAGCCUCCAAAGGACGCACCUCGCCAGCCAGCGACAGGGUCGAAGAUGAUUCUGAAGUUCCAUCAGCAGUUAUAUUUGCAGAACCAGAUUUGCCUUCACAAGCCACAAACCAUUCAGCAGUUAGAAAAGUCAUCCCCUCCCCAUCAGAUUCAGGCCCAGGACUUGCAUCUCAGACAAGAUGCGUGUCUAAAGACUUGCUAGUCCCCGCCCUCAAUAUGGCAGAUACAGACAUGGUGCAGGCAGAAACUACUCCUAGCCAGACCCAAGCUUUUACAAACGAGGAUGAAAUGAAAUGUGGUUUGCUUGAAAAACCAACCGACACUAAAAUUCAGCAUCAUAUUUACCACAAAAGUAUGCAGGGCUUGACUAACAUCAUGAAUGAGAUAUGUUCAACAGACGCAGAUCAACUUGCCGAAGAAAAUAUUCCUGCAGAUGAAAAUUCCAUGAAAAGGGGCAUCGACCUGCUCUCUCCCUCUUCACGUGAACUCUACUGUGGACAGCUGAUUACUACAGCUCCUACUGAAGGAACUGAUGGCACUUACAAGUCCAGGGAGUGCACUUUGCACUCCAUCAGUGACAUGAUUCAAGGCAUAACUGCAGCGAACAACAUGAACGAACAGCAAGAAAUUAGUAGAGGGCCAAUUACUGUGUCAUCAUUAAAUAAAACAAAAACUUUAAAGGAUACAGACAAUAAUCAUUCAACGGAUAAUUUUCCUCUCUUGUCACCAGUAGAAAGUAUGAACGCUCAAGAGCUUGAGCACUGUGUGUUUAACAUCAAUCCCAUUUACAAAGAUCGACAAACAGAAGAUCUAUAUCCUACCAAGGUCAUCAAUGGCAAAAACAUCUUCGACAAAGCUGUAGGCACAAAUGAAAUGGAAGGUGAUGAUUCAAUAGGUGUUGAUUCUGUUACAGACCCUAAUGAAGAAACGCAAGCACUUACGACAGUUAUAAUACAAAGUGACAGUGGCGAGAAUAUGAGGGAACUGUCGGAAGUAACAGAAGAGUACUCUUUGAACGAAAUUGGACGCAGGAAGAGUGAACGAGCACUAAAAAUAAUUCAGGAAAACUUUGAAAUACUUCAGCGCAUCACUCAGUGCCAAAGUCGUCAUUCCGAUCGAAUGUUGGAUGCAGAGACAAGCAAUAGCGACGAUGUAAGCUCAUCAAACAGUGAUCAAUAUAGAGAUGAUUUACAUUUAGUUAUCUUUACAGACAAAACAGUUGGCACCACCCAGCAGCCUGAACUCUCAGAAAGCAGGAACGAUGAUGAUUCUGUCAACAGUGUCUUUGGUCCAAGACCAACUUCCACAACACAUCUGACUGAAAAGUCACAGUUUUUUAACUCAUCACAAGAGAAACAAUUUCAGAGUCAACUGUCAGUUGAAGUGUCAGAACGAAAAUAUGCUAGAUCAAAAUCACAGGAUAAUUUUACAUUCAAUAACACUGGGUCUGAAACACAAGCAAAACCUAUAAUUUUAAUUGAAAAAAAUAAUAAAUACAAGCAAGUCCCAACUUCAUUUAAACCCAAACUUUUAUGUAACACUACACCACAGAGUGAACGACCAGUAGCUUUUCCAUUAAAUGGUAGAGAUGACAACACAAAAGAUAAAAAUAUAGUUGAAGGUAAAAUCCACAAUAAUAAAGAUUUGGUAUCAAGAAGCAGUAAUAUUUCACAAAAAUCUGAAGCAAGUUUAGAAGAGCUGGACUCGAAACUGCUAAGCCUGGAGGAAUAUCACUCAAAGGCACGUAAUGAAAAUUCUGUUCUUUUAAGUUUUGCACCAUCAGACUACAGUGAUAAAUUCCAUUCCAAUUAUGUAGUGGAGCCUAGUGAAACUAAACUGAAUGGAAAAGAAUCAAUGUCUCACCAUUACAGCCGAUUAGAUGACAAGAGGCGAUCCACAAUCCACACUUUUGACUCGAAUGACAGAGAUGCUCUGAGGUCAUUCAACACAUCGUUUCAAAAGUCUUGCACUACUAUAGCAGCCGAUAAAUGUCAGGAUGACAUAAUUAUUGAAAAAUGCAAGCCACACACUAAUGAAAGGCUACCCCACACUUCAUUUAAUAAAAAUCUGAAGCAAUUUGUGGGUGCAAAAGAUUCUCCCUCAUCACCUGGCUCCACUAUGAGAAACAUUGACACUUUGCCAGAAGAUGAUGUACACAAAGAAGCACAGAAGGAAACAACAGCUUGUGAUGAUUCAUACCCUGGUGCUAAACUAGAGAGUUACUUGUUCCAACAUCAAACCACCUUUUCUUCAGAAUUGUAUUCCCAAGAUGUUCAGAAUUCGUCUUCUAAGCGCUGGAGUACAGGAGCACCGAGCUCUGACGUCACAGACCGUCCAAACCCGAGCACAGAGGACACGGGUGCUCCGCAGCGUUCCCACUCCAGCACCGAGGGUGUAUCCACCAAGUCACUGUCGUCUCUGACGCUGGGCACCAACGAACUGUCCACACCUCCACUCGUCGACAGAGUAUCUGACGUGGAACCCGGCCCUCGAAGGAUGCCGGCGGACCGCGCUCCCAGUGAAAGUGCCUACGUCGUCACGGGCGAGGACCGUGUUUCCGCCGCCGCCCCCAAGGAGGCGGACAUCGAACUGUUUCCGUGCGGCUCGAGGAGCGGUCGGGCGGUGGUCAGCCCCACGCGGGGCGGCAAGAAGUACGACCCCUUCCCGCCACGCGCUACCCUCCGCCAGCCCAGGGAGGUGGGCAUCAAGCUGGGGCUGUACUCCGCCACGUCCGACGCAGACAGGAGGAACUCCAGCAAGAAGCCAUGAGAACACACUCACACACUUCGCUGUCAAUUUACCGUUGUCUUACUUGAAUCAUUGCAUUGCUAUGUAUUGUUUCACACUGACCUCACUGUUGACAUCUAUAGCAGCUAUUUAUCUUAGAAGAGACAAUCUCCAACACAUUGUAAGUUUUCACGUGAGUCUGAUUCAUUUAUUCUUAUAGAGAUCAUUUGUCUCAGUACAUAUUUUGUGAGUUUACCUUUAACUAAGCUCUAUAUACGUUUGUUUUGCACUUACUACAUAGAAAGCUCUUUAUCUGUGGAUUUUCUGUUUAUUUUUCUUAUAUGAUCAGUGCAUGAUAAGAAUUUCCCAAUAUCAUUAACAACAAAUAUAAUUGGGUAAUAUACAUUUAUCACGAGACAAAAUGGAAACCAACAAUAAGUAUUAAUGCUCACUGCAUUUAUGCAUACAUUCAGCUUAGGUGAACAAAAGAAAAUAGAUCAGAAUUAAGUUUAUCCAACUAUUCCAUGAUAAAUGUCUGGUCUGAACUGCAGUUCAGUAGAAAAUAUAACUUGUGCAUGGACUAUUACUGUGUCGCUGAACCAACAUUGUGAUAAAAAAAAAACCUACAGAGGUUUCCUCAUGCACUCACAUUUUUUUGUGCCGGAGGAUGAGAUUAUUAAUAGAGUGGGCAACAAUGCCCCACAUCAGAGUUUAAGGCUCAUGACAAUAUGUAAUUAAUUUGUAAUGGAUAGUUUGAGUUUAGUGGGUAAUUUUAGAGAGGAAAAAAAAAGAUGUUGGUAAGUUCUAAAAACAGUUGCUCGUUACUCCCCACAGUAUUCUUGUGCAGACACUGGCCUUGUCAGAUGCCUCACCGUGUCGGCACAGGUGUCUUCGCGCCAAGCAAUACGGUUCGCAAGCUACUGUGUCCCUGCGAGUGAAAUGGUUGGUAGCAAUGCUCUCUUGCAUCUAGCUGAUCAUGCCUUUAGACUAGUUUUGUAAAAGAAAAAAGUUGUUAGCCUCAAGUGCCAAAUGCUACUGGUUGAGGAUGCGAGUACUGCGCUGGCUGUAUGUCAAGUUGCUAGCAAGUACCAACAGCAGCCUGCUGUGCCAACUUGUUCUGCCAAACUAGCGAGUCAGGUCGAGGAGUCGGAAUCCACAGAGGUAUUUUUAGUAAUGCUCUGCUCUAAAAAGAUGUUUAUUGUAAAAAAAAUUAUAAGAGUCAAUCCAUUGCAAAAGAAUAUUACUUAAUCUUAAAGUGUAUCAUAUUUAUUUUAGCAAUAAAAUUUGGUUAAGUAAAAA